CCGGCGGCCCCCGGGCGGGCGGGCGCUGACCCGGCCCGGCCCGGCGGCGGCGGCAGAGGGGCGGCGCGGCGCCGAGCGGUUCUGCUCAUGGAGAACGGCAAGCUGAACCCCAUCAUCCGCGAUGUCUACGCGGCCGCUGGCCGUGUCCAGCAAGCGCCGGCCUCCGCGCGGAGGGGCGGCAGCUGCAGGGAGCUCAUGGUCAAGCUGACGGAGGGGCAGUACGUGCUGUGCCGCUGGACCGAUGGGCUCUACUACCUCGGAAAGAUCAAAAGGGUCAGCGGCUCCAAGCAGAGCUGCCUCGUGACAUUUGAGGACAACUCCAAGUACUGGGUCCUCUGGAAGGACAUCCAGCAUGCCGGCGUCCCUGGGGAGGAGCCCAAGUGCAACAUCUGCCUGGGGAAGACGUCGGGGCCCAGGAACGAAAUCCUCAUCUGCGGGAAGUGUGGGCUGGGUUAUCACCAGCAGUGCCACGUCCCGGUGGCAAGCGGCGGUGAGGGCCCGCUGGGGACGCCGUGGUUCUGUCGCCGCUGCAUAUUUGCCCUGGCUGUGCGGAAGGGGGGUGCCCUGAAGAAGGGAGCCAUCGCCAAGACGCUGCAAGCCGUCAAGAUGGUGCUGUCCUACAACCCCGACCUGCUGGAGUGGGACUCCCCGCACCGGACCAACCAGCAGCAGUGCUACUGCUACUGCGGGGGCCCCGGCGAGUGGUACCUGAAGAUGCUGCAGUGCUACCGCUGCCGACAGUGGUUCCACGAAGCCUGCACCCAAUGCCUCAGCGACCCCAUGAUGUUCGGAGACCGGUUCUAUGUGUUUUUCUGCUCCGUGUGCAACCAGGGACCUGAAUACAUCAAGCGCCUGCCCUUGAGAUGGGUGGACGUCGUCCAUCUGGCCCUCUACAACCUGGGCGUGCAGAGCAAGAAGAAGUACUUCGACUUCGAGGAGAUCCUGGCCUUCGUGAACCACCACUGGGACCCUCUGCAGCUCGGAAAGCUCACCGGCACCCCCGUGUCCGAGCGAGGCCCCCACCUGCUCAACGCCCUCAACAGCUACAAGAGCAGGUUUCUCUGUGGGAAAGAAAUCAAAAAGAAGAAAUGCAUCUUUCGCCUGCGAAUCCGCGUCCCGCCAAACCCCCCCAGCAAGGUGCUGCCGGAGAAAGCCCCGGGGGCGGGCGAGAGCGGCUCGUGCGAGCUGAAGAAGAGAGGAAAGGGCAAAUACGUCCACAAAGAGAGCCUGCUUCCGCGGCAGCUCCAGCAGCAGAAGCGGCGAGCGGCGCGGCGGAAGCGGGCUAAGUUCCUGCUGGAGGACGCCAUCCCCAGUAGCGACUUCACCUCCGCCUGGAGCACAAACCAUCACCUGGCCAGCAUCUUUGACUUCACACUGGAUGAAAUUCAGAGCCUGAAGAGCGCCAGCUCGGGACAGACCUUCCUUUCGGACGUGGACUCCACAGACGCCGCCAGCACCUCAGGCUCGGCCACCACCAGCCUCUCCUACGAGUCCAGCCGGAGAACAGUGGGCAGCCGCAAGCGCAAGCUGGCCGUGCCGGCCUACACCUCGGCAGGGGCGAAGCGUCGAGGCGGGGAGGCGGGCGGGCGCCCGGCCGGGGGCACCCCCGAGGGCAGCGAGGCGGCCUGCGGCCCCGAGCGGCCGGACGAUGGCAUCGACAGCCACACCUUCGAGAGCAUCAGCGAGGACGACUCCUCGCUCUCGCACCUCAAGUCGUCCAUCAGCAGCUACUUCGGGGCGGCGGGCCGGCUGGUCUGCGGCGAGAAGUACCAGGUGCUGGCGCGGCGGGUGACGCUGGAGGGCAAGGUCCAGUACCUGGUGGAAUGGGAAGGCACGACCCCCUACUGAGCCCCCCAGCCCAGAUUCCUCUCCCGGACCAAACGUUGGAAGUCUGGGGCAUGGUGAAGCCCCUGGUGCGUUGCAGAGGAAGAGGCACUGGCACCACCAUGGCCGGGGUGGGCUCAGAGCCCCCUGUGUUUGGGGUCCCGGCUGCCCGGAGCCAUGAGGGGU